AUGAUCCAUCUGCUGCUGGUUGGAAUCACAGUUGUGGGAUCGCAGCAUAUGACUCUCUGUGAUUAUUAUGAAAAACUUGGAGUAGCAAAAUCAGAAUGUGGUCACAUCAUCAAACCUCAGCGGGACUUGGGAUUCUACAAUCCUCCGACUACAUAUGAAGCACCAAAUACUUUCAGAUUUAACAGUUUCAAUCCUAGCAGUAAUAAUGUGAAUUCUCAAUUCAAUGUCUUCCACUCAUUCUCCAAUAAUCUUGUUGGGAAUCUUCCACUUUGCCGAAACUAUUUUCAUUCAUGUAUGAGUUCAACAGCAUGUGAAUCUGGAACAAUUUGCACAAAUGGAAUCGAACAAGGCUCUUGCUGCACAAAUCCUCAUCAAGCCAGCUGUCCAUCAGUCACAUCCAUGAAUAUCAAUUGUAGAAAAACUAGAAGUGUGAAUUGGUGUAACAGUGAUAUGGACUGCAGAGGAGGAUCAACGACGGCGUCAAUGUGUUGUCCAACUGGAUGCAAUUAUAAUAUGUGUGUGCAUGUUGGAGCACAAGUGUUUCAUCCGAGAAGAAGUAUUGUAUUCAAUUCUCUCUCCCCAAAUGCUGCUUCUUCUGAUCAAUGUCCGGAUCCCUUCCAAUUGGGAGUGAAAUGUGUUGCCACCAGAGGAGCCAACUGGUGUCACACUGAUAAUGACUGCCGAAGUGGAUUGUAUAUCAGAAAAUGCUGCGCCACAAACUGCGGAUACAAUACGUGUGUAAUGAAGUUCAAUGACAAGUGGAUCAUUGCUUAA